AUGGGUGCAUUUUUAAGCAAGCCACAGGAAAGAGUAAAGAUAGCAGUACGAAAGAUAAAGGAAGUAGAGACAGAUGUGUUUACUAGAAAGAGCAUUGUGCACUUAUAUCUCUGCAAAGAUAACAUUGUGGCUGUAAACCGAAAUAUACAGCUGCUGAGGAACCUUCGGGUUCUUCAAAUAUGCUGCAACAAUCUGGCAGAGCUGCCACCUGAAAUUGGGCAGCUGCGGAAUCUCUGCAUUCUUUUCCUCUCGCGCAACAAGCUGAGGAAGCUUCCAGAUGAGGUUGCCCGGCUGAAAAACCUGCAUGAUUUAAACCUAUCAGAUAAUGAGUUGACAACCCUCCCCGCCAACUUGUGCAAUCUGAAGAAUCUAAAAAUUAUUGACAUCUCUGGGAAUCCCAUGCGCGAAUUUCCUGCAGUUAUUCCCAAGAUUCGGUCUUUAGUCUGCAUUUCAGUCAUGCGCACGGAGCUGAAGUAUCUCACUCCAAACCUGCUGCAGCUGCCCUUUCUGACAGAGCUAAACUACAAAGGCGCAGAAACUGAGCACACUCUUGUGCAGCGCAGGCAGCAGUCUCUUCUAGGACUAGUGGCUGAAAGUGUGGUCAAUAGAACUGGAGUAAUAAAGGAGAAGCUUCCAAUUGGCGCUCUAAAGUACAUUAGGACAGCAACACAAUGCUACGUAUGCAGUAAAUAUAUAUAUAACCCCAUGGACAUCUAUCUGAAUAUUGUACUUGCAUUUAACACAGUACCUGUGAAGUAUAGCAUAUGCAGGAAGCAUCCAAUAGACUGCAAUAACAUACAGCAGUCUCUGCAGAGGCUUCUAUUUGUAGAGGAAAGAGAGACUGCCAUAAGCAACGAGUGUGCAGCCGCAAGCAUUCUAGAGGUAGAACGAUUAAUCGAAAAGCAUCGCACAUCUAUUCAUGGAGAGACAGAGAAUAAAUAA